CCAGAGUCCAAUCAGAAAACUAAUUGUGGAAGAGAAAUGCGGAAUCGAUGGGGACGUUUUUAUGCCAUUGAUUGACUAAAUUCACCAACACCCACCCUCAAAAUUCUCAACAACACUCUCUCUCGCGCCGAUCACACCCCAUUUACUAGCAGGUAUAUCUGCACUUUCAUGGACACAAGGGACAGAACACGUGCUCCUAGUCAUACAACUCCAAUAAUGGAUCUGGAAUUAGAUCAACCAAGUCAUCUGCCUGAGCUUUCUCUUUCGGGUCAUGGAGCCUUCUCGCGGUGGAGUGGCCAUUCGAUGGUUACAGCUUCAAGAAACUCGAUGAAUCCUGAUGUUCAACGUCUACCUGAGCAUGCUAAUGGUGCUAUACUCUACGGAGUGAACCGAUACAAUAGUUCUAGGAUCCAACGUGCUCAAGAUAUACAGGUAGCAACUACGGGCAAUCCCUGUUCGUAUCUGACCUCACCGUAUGGUAAUCAGCAGUUCCCAUCUCCUAGAAGUGGAUUGAUUGGAAAUCCUGCAGAUGCAUAUGCAAGGAAUAGUCAUUUUAUGGAGGUCGGAUUUCCGUAUAAGAGAAGAUUUUCUGAAGGGGUCCCUGUGAAUUUUCAGGGUCCCAAUAGUUUAGCAAGCUCUGAGUCUUUAAAUGGACCUUUUAAUCCUGUACAUGGCCAUGUUCCUAGCCACUUGACUAGAGGAGACUUAAUGGUUCAGCCCUUUCAGCAAGCCAGCAAUGCUCUCCGGUUAGACCAACCUGUAAACUUUAACUUCGACGAUCGAAGUGCUUGGACCUGGAACCAAGCUCCUGCAGGUUUCGCUAUCCAUGGGGACAACGGGAUUAGAGGUUCUUCAGAAAGUUUUAGCUCAGGUCUUCAUAGAUAUGGUGAAAUUUCUGGGAUGAGUUGUUCUCCAAAUUUUCAGCAUCCUCCUUCGACGAUGAUCCAGCAUUCGAGUCAUCGAAUUCCGUUACAACAGGUGCACUUGCAUCCCCAAGCAGCAGCAGCAGCAGCAGCUAUACCAAGGGUUUGUUUGAGUUCUGCUUAUGGUAUCGUGCACCAACAGUUCAUGGAGCUAGAGCCUAGGCAAACAAGUGAUCUUCCAUUUAGCGGUCGCAUUGCAUAUAACCCUCAUCAAGGUUGUAUUGACCCAGAGACGAUGUUUCGACGCCGUUCAACUUCUCAAAUGAGAGUUCCAGAGGAGGAUGAAGUUCCCUUUCGAAGGGUUCAGGCUUCGGCUUCGAACUCCAAUGAUACGGGAGAUUUUGCUGAUGCAUACAGAGAUAUGCGCCUGGAUAUCGAGCACAUGUCAUAUGAGGAGCUUCUUGCAUUAGAGGAGAGGAUUGGCUAUGUCAGGACUGGGUUGUCUGAGGAAACGAUUACGAGUCAACUGAAGACGAGGAUUUCUAUGCCAUCUUCGAGGGAGUCCAGGAACGAGGAACCCGUUUCAUGCACCAUAUGCCUGGACACCCUAAACGACGGGAAGAUUGGCGUCCUCGAUUGCAAUCACUAUUAUCAUGCUGAUUGCUUAAAACAAUGGCUGCUCGUAAAAAAUGUUUGCCCCAUCUGCAAAUCUGAGGCAUUGACGAGAUGGGUGAAUAGUGAUUAGGGUGGUUGUGAACAGUUGAGUUAGGAGAUAGCUUUAGCUGUUCACUGGAGAUCUUAUGAUGAUCGGUUUAAACUAUGUUGGUCGUUUGUAAAUGUCUUGCACAUAAAAACAAUGUUAAGACUCCAACUCAUUUUUAUUUUGUUGGUUUCUUAAACCCUGAAUGUAAUCAGGGGGGAGUUCAGAGACGUCUGCUGGCCUUCUUUUCUGUUUAACAGCCUGCCCAUCCUGAAAACCGCUCUGCCGGAGGUAGGGUUCAGCAGCUGGAAGAGUACCGCACAUUGCAUGAUGUCCGGUUCCUCCCGGUGGCCCUUGAAAAUUCUGUUGUACACAGUUUUUGUUGUUUUGUAUUGGGAAACCAUACAUGUGAAAUCUGGACUUUCUUUAUUUUCUGUUGUGAUUUUUGC